AUGCUCCAAUACGACCCUCAACGUGAUGAUGGGGGUCCAAUGCUUCCUUCUGUCAUGACCAUUGUCGCCUUCGAUAAUAAGAUCAUCCUCUCCUCAUCACAAAAGGGACGUAGCGGGUUCAUCAAUGAGUGGCCUGAUAGUCCCGUUCGACUUGCCUUGGAUCGUUGCAGUGCACUUUGGAGGGAUCGUGUCAUUGCUAAUCCCAAAACUCAUCAGAACCCAGACAGCUAUCAUAAGAACCAGGCGAAAUGUGGCGAGGUUAAUGCAUUUCAUCAAUAUUAUAUGACAAACGACAAGCCGAUUCCCGAUCUGGCUCCUAAAGCGCGUGUCACUACGGUUAUAAAACAAGGAAAUGGUUACGCUAUUAUUCCUGCGUGCGGGACAGAGAGAAACGGCAAGGAUAGUAAAACCUUCUGGGGUUGCAAUCUACUCGUCUCGGACCAACACGUGUCUUACAUCGGCAACGGACAAAAAGCACAAGGCUAUGGCUUGCAUAAGAUUGCAGGAGGUGUUGAGAGAAAAGGUCAAAUACAAAUGUGCACCAAGAACAAGAUUAUCUGGGACGACGAGUGA